CCGAGCUGUUAAUUGGUGAUUGCAGAUUUAUACGAAAUGAGUGACGAACACUAUAAGCCCAUUCUAACGCGAAUAAAUCGAACGGAGCUGUUUACUCCAGAAGAGUGCAAAGAGAUUUUAUCAAAUCUGUUAACCGAUAAGAAAGAGCAGGCGGUGUUACUUGAAUUUAACAUAGUCCCAGCCACAGAGCAUGUGGGUUUCCUCGGUGAAUACUAUCACUUGCAUCUCAAGUAUCAGUUUGGUGAUCAGAAAGAUGUGCAAACCACUCGCUUGUUUGUCAAGUCGGUGAUCUUUCAGAAUGCCAAUAUGGAGUUCUAUAUGGAGAAGUUGGGCAUCAUCGAGAAGGAGAUUAAGCUGUAUGAGUUGCUGAACAAGUUAACCAAGUUUUCUCCCCAUGUUUGGUGUGCCAAGUGCUAUUUCACAAGAAACGAUCUUUUUGUGAUGCAAAAUGUGGAGGACAUGGGCUAUGUGGCUUUACCUUCGGGAACUCGCUUUCUGAGUGAGAAUCAGUUGGGGCCCAUCUUGAAAUCCCUGGCCACUUUGCAUGCCAGCAGUAUGGCCUAUGAAAAGCAGGAGGGAAAAACCAUAGGAGUGGAAAUAAGAGAGUGGCUCAAAGAAGUCACUGUGAGCCCAGAUGUUGAAUGGUAUACAACGGGUUUGAGGGCUGUCUUGGCAGUAACUGCCACACAUCCUGAAGUCCUGAAUGAUACCAAAGCCCAGGAAUACAUAGCCAAGGAGCUGCCCAGAUGCCUGGACAAGGUUUACUAUAUGGUUAAUCCUUCACCAGUUCACAGAAAUGUCUUUGUUCAUCGCGAUGCCUGGGGUGCCAAUGUCUUCUAUCACAAGGAUGAGCCCCUGGAUAAAAGGUCCGUUCUAGUAGACUUCCAACUCUGCCGAUAUGCUCCACCUGCUAUGGACUUUCACCUGGUUAGCUAUCUUAAUCUGGCACCUUCGGAACGCAAAAAGAUGUUGGAUAGUCUGAUACAGACGUAUUACAAGGCCUUGUCUGAGGAACUGCUAGCAAUGGGCAUUGAUCCCAACGAGGAGCAGCUAAGUCAAGGGGAAUUUGAGCAAUCUCUGAAGGACUUUGCUCUAUUUGGAGUUACCUACAACUGCAUUGCAGCCACCACCCUGCGUCUACCUGGGAAUUAUCUGAAAAACCUGAAGGAUGCCCGUCCCAAGGACUUUCAUAGCUAUUGCAAUGUGGAUCGUACAGAUGAGCUUUUGCGCUUGAUGAAUGAUCAUCCGGAGUUUGCUGACUAUAUGUACGAGUGUGUUGGGGAUCUGCUAGCCCUGACAUAUCACAAACGAAACUGAUUAAACGACUUUGUAUGGCAA